AUGCAAGGUGGCUUAGGCCUUUUUUCGGCAAAGGAGUGGAAUAAUGCAGCAGCAAUUAAACUUCUUUGGAUGAUACAUCAGAAAAAAGACCUGUUAUGGGUCAAAUGGGUGCACGGUCAUUACUUACAGCACUCAAAUAUUUGGCAAGUUCAACAUAGGGGCAAUGAUUCUUGGAUGUGGAAGCAACUUCUCAAAGUUAGAAAUAUGUUGUUAGCUAAGUUUGGUAAUGCUGAAGUAUUGAUGAGUUCACUGGAUGCUUGUUGUGUCAAUGGAAAAAUCAAUAUGACAGCAAUCUACAAUGUCCUGUAUCAAUCAAAUAUCUCAGCAGUAUGGGCAGAAACUACAUGGGGGAGAUUGAACUACCCUAAACAUUCUUUCAUCCUCUGUCAGCCUGAAAAUUGCAAGCAUCUCUUCUUCGAAUGCCAAUACUCAGCUGCUGUCUGGAUCAUGAUGAUGGACUGGUUGAGAUUCACUUGGAGAACUUGUAACUGGUACUUGCUCAUCCAAUGGUACUCUCAUAACUUGAGAGGUAAGAACUUUAAGAAGAACCUGAAGAGAAUGGCUCUUGCUGCUGCUGUCUAUUAA